AGACGAAAACUGACGUCUCUGUGUACCGGAAUGACGUCGCCGGGAGGUUAAUCAGCUGAUUGUAACGAUCAAAAUAAAACCGAUUUCUCCGUUAAAAGAGGUCAAACAUCAUCUGACAACUCACGGUAAUCUGCUCGGACACGGUUGACAUGCUUUAUUUGGACCGCCAUCAUGGACAAGAUUUUGGAGGGCCUUGUGAGCUCCGAUCACUCCGUUCCAGUGAAGAAAGCCAUUGUGAAGAUGGUCGUGGAAGCAGCAGAGAAAGAAGUCACUGAGGAGCAGUGUCAGUCGCUGUUUAAUCUCACCACCCGCCUCGUGUUGCUUGGUGAAGAUGCCUUUCAGAGGCAGAUCGGCCUCCAGGUGUUGGAUGCCUACGCGCGUUACCACCGCCCGGAGUUUGAGCGUUUCUUCAGUAAAGACUUCGUCCUCACUCUUCUUCAGCAGGGCUAUGGCCAGUUGGACCGCAAAGACCCGGCCAUUAUAGACUACAUUCACUGCUGCCUACGGCUGCUCAUCAGCUGCCCAUCGGUGCUGGAGAUCUUCAGCGUGAUCCAAGUGGAGGUUUUAAGGAUGGUGUGCGAGCGUCCGGAGCCUGCGCUCUGUGCCCGCUUGAACACUUUGCUGUCAGACUUUGUGCAGUGCAUCCCGAGGGAUAAGUCAGGCAUUUUGUUCUGCCAGCAGCUUGUGAGAACCAUCAGUUACUUUCACUGUUUUGCCAGCCAAGAGCGGGAGCUGAGCGAGUAUGUAGGUCAGGUGACUAAGGUUAGCACACUGCUGCAAAACAUCUGGAAGGCUGACCCAGCCACACUGCUUCCCUCACUGCAGGAAGUCUUUGCUAUUAUCUCUUCCACAGACCCUUCCUUUGACCCAUCCAUUGCUCUGGCCAGCCUGGUCCAGCACAUCCCCGUCCAUAUGAUCACAGUGCUUAUCAAGAGUCUCACGACAGACCACAAUGUCAAGGACGCAAGCAUGACUAAAGCACUCUGCAGGAUGAUUGACUGGCUUUCUUGGCCUCUGGCUCAACAUGUUGAUACCUGGGUCAUUGCUCUACUCAAAGGACUGGCUGCAGUUCAGAAGUUCACAAUCCUCAUAGAUGUCACUCUGCUUAAAAUUGAACUGGUAUUCAGUCGUCUGUGGUACCCUAUUGUGCGUCAGGGGGCGCUAACUGUGCUCUCCCAUAUGCUGCUGAGUUUCCAGCACUCUCCUGAGGCCUUCCAUUUGGUUGUUCCACGUGUGGUGGAUCUAGUCCAGUCUUUGAGGACAGAUGGUCUACCCAGCAGUAAAGCUUUCUUGCCACAGUUUACUGAGCUCAUACACUGCAUGAUGUACCAGUACUCCGGCUUCCCUGACCUCUAUGACCACAUACUAGAGGCCAUCAAGGAUCUCCCAAAACCCGGAGAAGAGGAGAUCAAGUUAAUAUUGAAUAAAAGUGCCUGGACAUCCCAAUCCAACUCAUUUGCCUCAGGACUUUUGAGGCAAAUUGGGAAGUCUGAGACGGGCAAGACUGGCCUGGUCAACCUGGGAAACACCUGCUACAUGAACAGCAUCAUCCAGACACUCUUCAUGGCCACAGAUUUCAGGCGGCAUGUUUUAUCAUUACAUAUAAACGGUUCCAACAUGCUUAUGAAAAAGCUCCAGAUGCUCUUCGCUUUCCUUGCACACACUCAGAGGGCAGCAUACGCUCCCAGAAACUUCUUGGAAGCUUCUCGGCCUCCCUGGUUCAAUGUCGGCUCUCAGCAAGACUGUUCUGAGUACCUCAGAUUUCUUCUAGACAGGUUACAUGAGGAAGAGAAAACACUUCAGGUCCUUGAAUCAGCGAAGCCAAAGGUUGCCUCCCCUGUUGACACAAGCAGCACAGACCCAACAGGUCAGACCUCUCCAGAGGAGGGCGAGGAGUCAUCUCCAGCAGAAACCAAACCUCGGAAGGACGGAAGGACUUUGAUAGAAACGAUGUUUGGUGGGAAUCUGAUCACAGGUAUUCGCUGUAUGCAGUGUAACUGCAUCUCUGAGAAAGAGGAGCCUUUUACAGACCUCUCUUUGGCCUUCUGUCCUUCUGCCACCUCUCAGGACAGCCCUAAACCCGAGGGGCCUUCAGAGGAGCCCAAGGGUCUCUGUCAGGGAUCUGUCAAUGGCGGCAGUGAAAUUCCUGACCCAGGCUCCGUCAAAGUCCCAGCUAGCAAUGUCAUUCCUAUGCCAGCGACAAAUGAGCCUCCCCUUUCUGUGCCUGACCUGGUGAACUAUUUCCUGGCUCCAGAGAUCCUGGACGAAGAGAAUGCCUAUUUCUGUGACAAGUGUAGCUCCCUCCAGCGGGCCGAGAGGACCAUGAAAGUGGUGUCGGCACCUGAAUACUUAAUCCUCACCCUGCUGCGGUUCUCGUACGAUGCCAAAUGCCAUGUCCGGAGAAAGAUUCUGGAAAAUGUCACCAUCCCUCCACUCAUGAGACUUCCUGUAUAUACUCCUUCUACACCUACACAUUGUUCCUCUUCUACCUCCUCCCCUCUGCAAGUAGAUUCUCCUGAGAGCAGUGAGAAUCUGGCCAAGAAGCUCAAACCAUCUCAAAAAGAUGAGGAGGAAGAGGAGAACGACCGGAUAGAUGGAGCGGAGCAGAUAACAAGAGGAGGAGAGAUGUCAGUCCAGUCUGUGCCCUAUGUCCUCAGCUCACUGGUGAUGCAUUCUGGUAUAUCAUCCGAGAGUGGCCACUACUACUCUUAUGGUCGUAACAUUAAUGGAGCAGAUGGAACACAGCAUCCAGCCAAUCAUUUCGCCCUCAAGGAAGAUUUGGGAAAUGGCCAGGCUGAGUCUAGCCUCUCCACUUGCUCAGGUCUUACAAUUACACCUGAACAAGUCGACAGACCACCUAAUGGUAGCCAGGAGGCAAAGGAUUGGCUGCUGUUCAACGACAGCAGAGUGACAUUCUCAUCCUUCCAAUCAGUGCAAAACAUUACUAAUCGCUUCCCCAAGGACACAGCGUAUGUGCUCAUGUACAGGAAACAGGAGCUACCAGGGCAAAGCAUAAAUGGCGGACUGAUGGCAAAUGGAAUGAGAUUGAAUGCUGAGCCUCCCCUGCAGAAAGAACUGCUUGAUGCUAUUAUCAAGGACAACAAGCUGUAUUUACAGGAACAGGAGCUCAAUGCCAGGACCCAGGCUCUCCAGGCCCCUUCAUCCUCCUGCUCAUUCAGGCCCAACGGUUCAGAUGACAAUAACCCACCAGGGAGCUGCGGCCCAUCUGGUGGAGGAGGUGGUGGAGGAGGGGGAGGCUUCAAUACCAUUAGUAGACUGGUCUUCUGAAAGAAAAUACAAAAUGCUGCAGGAAACCCAGAUGAACUGGCACUGAGGGAGUCCUGAACUGUCAUACCAUAGAUGUGCAUAUAACCUCAUAAAAAGAGCACUGAAAUCUGAACACGAACACACACACACACACACACACACACACACACACACACACACUGCACAUGUGCGCUGAUUCUAAUCCCAGAUUUGGUUUUGUUUAAGUCUUAUAGUUUUGAUUAGAUCGUCUUUAUACCACUGCUUUAUCCAUCAUUUAAUACUUUUUAAUUUAUUUAAUUAUUUUUUUUGUGAUCUAAACAUUGUAAUCUCUUAUUAAUUUUUACAAAUUUCAAAACUCGGAAGUACAUAACACUUAUUUGUGCAAAUGUGUACUCUCCUUUAAUUAAAAUAAAUGUUGCUGAAUAUAAUUUAUUAUAGAAAUGACUUCAAUAAAUACUAGUAUCCCAAGAGACUUUUACAUACAUGAUAACUAUGUAAAACUGGUUCACUUUAGAACACUCUGACAAUCCAUUAUCUGGAUUCUCAGAGUGUUUAUAAUAUUACCUCACACACAAGCAUAAACACACAAACAUAUGCAGAGUUGAACACACAACAUAUGCAAAUACAUGCAUGUGCAGUGCACAGUACAGAAGAAAGCAUUGGACUGUAAGAUAAACAGACUUUUUUUGAUUUGUCAUAGUUCUGAACACACGGCUCAUAACCGUUUGUUUACUUUUCGGAUUUGCAUGCGGCUUUUCUUCACGAGCUGUGGAGUUUGAUUUUUGAGAUAAUUGAAUCUUUUUCGAUGUGUGCUUUGGUGUUUUAUAAGUUUCAUAUCCCAUGCAAUAAAUGUACAUAUGACUUAAAAUAUCAUUCUGAAUAAUCAUGGAAUACAAAACUAUAUGUGGAAAAUGGAGUACUAUAUAUGGGGCAUUUCCAACAUAAAGGCAUUUUCAAUUUGAAUAUUUGAUGCUGUUCUCCCAACAACAGGUAGUGCGAUCUACAGAAAGCUAAAUUGCAAACUGCUUGUUGAAACAUAUUUGACAAGAGUUAACCGUUUGAUGGCAUAUUUUAAUGUAUUCCUCUGAUUUGAUCAUUCAGGGAGACUUUUGUGUUCAUGCUGAUUUUAUGUGCCUUUUGAUAUUUAAUGCAGACUUUUUGAAGAGGAAUUUGUCAGGAUAUACACCUGUACUGUGUUAAUAUUCAUAAUGGCUUUACCUUUCCAUACAGAAAAACAAAUCAGUAUUUGUUGUAUUGUCUAACUUAAUCAUGCAGGUUAUUUAAGGUAAAGUUAUUUAAAGUGGUAUGUUGGCAAAGAGGUGGGCAGAUGUUGGGGACUAAACUAUAAAUGUAAUAGUUAACCUGCGAUCAUGUUAAAAAAAUAAAUUAUGAUCAUGAAAGGCAUUUAAUAAAUACUCAAUUUGAACAGUGGUAAGAUAAAGCUGCAGAUGGUUUCUGGAAACCUUAAAUUCAUUUAUGUGUUAAUGAGCCACAAAAUGUUAUAAGUGUGUUAUUAUGUUCAACUGUACCUCAAUGUCUGUGUCGCCUUACUUGUCACAAUUCCACAUCUCCACAGAGACUAUAUUGACCACUAGGAGCCAUCUCUAGUACUACAGCUUCAUGUGAAUAGAUCACCUACUGUACAUAAUUUAUAUUCUUUCUUGCAGAAUAUACAGACCCAUGACAUCACGGGUGACAGGUAGCUCCAUCUACGUGUGGCAAGAUGGAUAUGAAGCUAGAAAUAAUACAUUUUCUAACUAACUGAAACUAAAAAUGGUUAAAUGUCUGAUUCUGUACAUUUUUGAUACAGCAAAUGUCAAGAAUUCCACUCAAAAACAGGAAGUUUUUGGGGGGGUAUGAAAGUGACUUUGUGGAUUAAAAAAAGAAAUACAGAACUGUA